AUGGCCGAACCGCGUAGGCCCCGGCCUACCACUUCGCCGACGCGGGACAAGUCACAUUCACCAUACAGGAACUCACCCUCUCGGCGGCUGAGGGACAUUGAGACCGGUUACAACCCCAUCCGCGGCGCCGAUCCUUAUCCUCCCUCCCCCGGGUCCAAGACUGCAGACUGGGAACCCAUCAUGUCUAAUCCUAUGACCCAGAGCGAACUCGGUCGCAAAAAAUCCCUCAUCCGCCCCGAACGCAAUCGAAUUGAUCGCGACCACCCCAAUUACUACUACCGCAAACAUGCCCAGAAUAUGGAGGUCUUGCCUUCCACCACCGGUAAUGACCCCGUGGUGGAGGAACUGGCUGAGGCGCGCACCGUGAGCUCCGAAAGCGCGCAUCUGGAUACUGUCGUUGACCAUGAAACUGGCAGCCAUCCGCUCAAGGCUCGUAGGCCUGGGAAGUUGGAGCCGGUGGGCAAGAAGCGACAUCCACGGAAACUGGUGAGAAAGGACACACGAAAUCUGACCGAAGAAGAAAAGAAGCGACAGAAAGAACUGGAGCAGAUGAAGCCCCCGAGUGUAUGGAACAUCUACUGUGCCAUCAUCACAUUUUGGGCUCCGGACUGCAUUCUCCAAUGCUUCGGCAUGCCUGCAAGGGCUCAAAGAAGGGCGUGGAGAGAAAAGGUCGGACUGAUCAGCAUCAUCCUCCUCAUUGCCGCCUUUGUCGGCUUCUUGACUUUUGGCUUUACCCAAGCAGUGUGCCCCGCCCCCGGCCUCCGGCUCAAGAUCAAUCACGUCGAUCGGGGAUACAUGAUAUUCCACGGAGGCGCGUAUAACCUCGAUGGUUCAAUGCAUCCAGCAGCCUUGGGUGUCCCGCUAGACAGUAACGUUCUCUACGACCUCCCCCACAAGUACGGCGGCCAAGACGGAAGCUUCAUGUUUCAAAAGGUCAAUGGCGCUUGCAAGGACCUCAUCACACUGGCCGAAGGAUCUGACGUCCCUACCAACGCCGACGGCGACCUCGCGUGGUAUUUUCCUUGCACGGCAUUCAAUCAGGACGGCUCCUCGCCCGUCAACCUGACCACUCCGUACUACCUGGGCUAUGCCUGCCACACCACGGCCAAGUCGCGGAACACUUUCUACAACCUCAGAAGGGCUGGGGACGUGUAUUUCACCUGGGAUGACGUGAAGAACAAAAGCCGCAAUCUCGUCGUGUACUCGGGCUCGGUGGUCGACCUGGACCUUCUAAAGUGGUUCAACAAAAGCCAAGUUGCGUGGCCUCAGCAGUUUGAUGAAUUGCGAGAAAACGAGCAAAUCCAUGGCAUGGACAUCACUCACGUCUUGCAGUCGUCUGCGGAUCGAAAAGUCGGCCAAUGUCUGACGCAGAUCGCCAAGGUCGGCUCCAUUGAUACGGAGAGCGUUGGGUGCAUCGCCUCCAAGGUGGUCCUGUACGUCUCCUUGGUCUUCAUCCUCGCCAUUGUGUUGGCGAAAUUUUUCCUCGCGCUGGCAUUCCAGUGGUUUCUGGCUCGGAAGUUCGCCGCAGCCAAAACCUCGCAGACCUCUGAUCCAAAGAAGAGAGCGAAACAAAUCGAAGACUGGACCGAUGACAUCUACAAGCCUGCUCCAAAAAUCACCGACCCUGCCACCACCGUUGCUGGAUCCGAUGGACGAACCAGCAAGCGCGGCAGCAUGCUAUUUCCCCAAACGUCUCGGUUCACCAGUCCCUACGCCGUCGACCGAAGGAGUAGUCGACCUCCCCCGACGACGAUGACGACGAGCCAAUCGUCGAACGCGAAACUGAUCCAGUCCGGGGCCAGCAACCUGUACAAGUCCGGCUACAACAGCAGUCAGAAUACAUUGGAUUUGCCUUCUAGGAUGAGCGUCGGCGCUAGCAGGUCCAGCCUCCUCCUGUCCGGACACGAAACCCGGUAUUCUGCAGUCAUGGACAAUCUCGAUCCCAAUGGCCCCGUGGGAUUUAUCCACGAGAAUGUCGUCCCGCAGCCUCCUCCAGAAUGGCAGCCUUUUGGGUAUCCCCUCGCCCACGUCAUCUGCCUGGUCACUGCGUAUUCCGAAGGUGAAGACGGAAUCCGCACCACGCUAGACUCGAUCGCGACGACCGACUAUCCCAACAGCCACAAGGCGAUCCUCGUGGUUUGUGACGGGAUGAUCAAGGGCAAAGGUGAAACGCAAUCCACCCCUGACAUCGUGCUCGGCAUGAUGGGAGAUUUUGUCAUCCUGCCCGAAGACGUCGAAGCUUUUUCGUACGUGGCCGUGUCGAGCGGCGCCAAGCGGCACAACAUGGCCAAGGUGUAUGCCGGCUUCUACGACUAUGGCCCGAAGUCGAGGAUCGACCCGACCAAGCAACAGCGAGUGCCGAUGAUGCUGGUGGUCAAGUGCGGGACGCCCGACGAAGCCAUCAACAGCAAGCCUGGCAAUCGAGGCAAACGAGACAGUCAGAUCAUUCUCAUGUCCUUUUUGCAAAAGGUCAUGUUCGACGAAAGAAUGACGGAACUGGAAUACGAAAUGUUUAAUGGACUGUGGAAGGUGACCGGCAUGUCCCCCGACUUCUACGAGAUGGUCCUCAUGGUGGACGCCGACACCAAGGUUUUCCCGGACAGUUUGACUCACAUGGUUUCCGCCAUGGUCCAAGAUCCAGAGGUCAUGGGUCUGUGUGGCGAAACCAAGAUCGCCAACAAAAAUGCCUCUUGGGUGUCCCGAAUCCAGGUGUUUGAAUAUUUCAUCUCGCACCAUCUGUCCAAGUCCUUCGAAUCGGUCUUUGGCGGAGUCACCUGUCUUCCUGGAUGCUUCUGCAUGUACCGGAUCAAGUCACCUAAAGGUGGUCAGAACUACUGGGUACCCAUCUUGGCCAAUCCCGACAUUGUUGAGCACUACUCGGAGAACGUGGUUGACACGCUGCACAAGAAAAAUCUGCUGCUUCUGGGCGAGGACAGAUAUCUGUCGACCCUCAUGCUCAAGACGUUCCCGAAGCGCAAGCAAGUGUUUGUGCCUCAGGCCGUGUGCAAGACCACGGUUCCCGACGAGUUCAAAGUUUUGCUGUCGCAACGUCGAAGGUGGAUCAACAGCACUGUCCACAACCUGAUGGAGCUUGUGCUGGUGCGCGACCUUUGCGGGACAUUCUGCUUCAGCAUGCAAUUUGUGGUCUUUAUCGAACUCAUCGGCACCCUGGUUCUGCCCGCCGCCAUCGCCUUCACCUGCUACUUGAUCAUCAUUUCCAUUGUCAAGAAGCCUGUUCCCGUCAUCCCGCUCGUGCUGCUGGCCCUGAUUCUUGGCCUCCCGGCAGUCCUGAUCGUCUUGACUGCUCACCGUUGGUCAUACAUUCUCUGGAUGGUGAUCUACCUGGGUUCCCUCCCGAUUUGGAACUUUGUCCUGCCGACAUAUGCGUUCUGGAAGUUUGAUGAUUUCAGUUGGGGUGACACACGAAAGUUGGCCGGAGAGAAGACCAAGAAGGCCGGUCUCGAAUACGAGGGCGAGUUUGAUAGCAGCAAGAUCACCAUGAAACGGUGGGGCGAUUUUGAACGGGAACGACGAGCGCAGGCGAAUGGGAACGGGAGUGUGUGGCGCCAACAGUCCACCCGUCCACCGAGCGGUUAUGCUUCGUCCCACGGCUUUGAACCCUACCGCGACGAAUGA